AUGGGGUGUACGCCGAGUAUGCUUCUUGAUCAUAAAAAUCGCAGACGCGAUAGUACUGGAUCUCAAGAGGCGGCUUUAGCUAAAGUAGCCCCUACACCUUUGUGCCAGAACAAGGCGGUUCAAGCUGCCAGAGCCCCGAGGGCGUCUUUGGAAUCUGAUGGGUUCAGCAUACAGCUAUCCAGUAAGAAAGAUAGCUAUGUUUCCCAAAUGGGCAACAAUUUCGCGACCCAACUGCACAUUAAAAGGAUUUCUGUAAAAUUUAACUUUGAAACACGCCAACAUUUGAUCAUGAAAGGUUUUGUACUGCUGAUUCUCGUGAGCUACAUGACGAAUACAAUGUGGAAUGUCAACGGACAAAAAAAAUCCAAAGAAGUUCGAGAGUUUUACGUAAACCAUUGGGAUAGAUUUAUAUUACCCAUUCCUCUCAAUUUGGGCGUAAUGCAAGAAAUAUCAAAGAGGAUUGCUUUAUUUAAAGAUUCUAAAUAUUGUCCAUUUAAAAAUGAACAUGAAUGUCAUACGCAGGACAUGAGGACUGUUAUCGAAAGGAUCGUAAUAAUGACAAUUAAAGAAAAUGGAAAAUAUAACAAAAAGCUAGGUCAUGUUUGCUUUUUAGUCGCAAAUUGCAACAGCGGG